UAUACGCCGCGUGAACCUCUGUACCCCAGCGGACAUGGAUGCUUUCCAUUCAAGAAAUAACGGCAUCAUGGACCACGGGGAAGGCAAUCAUGUUCACAAUUGUACCCUCAGGAUGAUCUCGAACCUCGAGAGCGUUCUACGUGCACCUGGGUGCGAACCUCGACGGAUUCGACUCGAAGGAGAGGACGUGGACGCUUUUCGUUCAAGAAAUGACGGCACCAUGUUCUACGGGGAAGGCAAACAUGUUCACUAUUGUACCCUCAGGAUGAUCUUGAACCUCGAGAGCGUCCUACGUGCACCUGGGUGCGAACCUCGACGGAUUCAACUCGAAGGAGAGGACAUGGACGCUUUCCAUUCAAAAAAUGACGGCACCAUGGACCACGGAGAAGGCAAUCAUGUUCACCGUUGUACCCUCAGGAUGAUCUUGAACCUCGAGAGCGUCCUACGUGCACCUGGGUGCGAACCUCGACGGAUUCGACUCGAAGGAGACAGUUCGUUUCUCUUCCUUUUCCCGACCAAGGGGUCGACAAGUCGCAGGUCGGACCUGAAAUUAGUUUGUUAGGACAAUUCACGAGUACCCGACGACGAGAUGAGCGACGACGCCCAUCGUCGUUGUCUUUGCACGAGCAGACGUCCGCGAUGGCGAUAACCCCUGACACCGUCGUCAGGUGUUGGGUACACGCGUAGCGAUAAAUCGUAGCGAUUUGUAAUCUCUUCAGAGUUAAAUGUAUUGCGUCCAAUUCCUGUAUAUCGUUCACAUGUUAUCUGAACAGAUAACGUAAGUUGGGUCUGUACAUAUCGAUUUACACCGAUUUACUGUAACGAUUCAUCGUAACGAUUCAUCGUAACGAUUCAUCGUUGCGGGAGAAGUCACCUUUAAAAUGACUACAUGUUGUGAUAAAUCGUAUCGUUUUGUAAUCCGUACCGUUAAUCGAGUUUGUCUAAAUUUGUAUAGGUAGAUCUAUGUAGAUUUAUCGCAACAAUUUAUCGUCACGUGUGUUAACUUCGUCUGGUUCCGUUUUUCCUUCUCUCCCUGCGUUUUCAGUCCAAGGACCAUGUAAAAAAAAUAUGAAUCUCGAACGCGCCCCGUUGUUAAGUUAACGUAGGACUCGAAUCUCUCUAGACUCACGAUUGCUUCGUUCUGGACUCUCUUUCGAUGUUUUUUUUUCUCUCUCUUUAGCGGGUCCACGCGCGUAAUAUGUCAAUUAAAGGAACCAGGGUUCACGAGGGGAAGGGACUCUUGGCACCUGGCACCGAUCGACGUUCUCGGCUCUCCUUCGUCUCCACGUCUUCCAAUGAGAGGAGAAAGAGAGGAAAAAGACGAGACCUCUCCUUUUUCUUUUUCUUUUUUUUUUCUUUUUUUCCGGAGUCCCAUCUUCGAUCUUAUGGUGAUAUUAAUCUAGCGUCCGAUGAAUCAAUCGUUCAUGAAACUCUUUCUCGAAUUGUGCGUAUGUCGUAUCGUUUGAAAUAAAGUCUCUAACGAA